AUGUCGGACGCGAUGGAUGCCUACUGGCAGUUACAGCCAUUGGCGCGAACACUCGCGACCGCCAUCUUCGUCACGUCGAUUGGAGGGCAUCUGGGAUUGAUCCCAACGGGCUGGUUGUUCUUCCACUCCUCGCUGGCCAUCUUCCAUAUGCCACCUCAAAUUUGGCGGUUCCUCACCACCUUUCUGUUGAGUGGUCCCCAGCUGGGCAUCAUCUUGGAUCCCUACUUCGUCUACCAGUAUCUCAGCCAGAUUGAGUCCGGGAACCCCAAAUUCCAACGGAAGGAGGAUGUUCUCUGGUAUCUCAUAACGGUCAGCGGCUUCAUCUUGCUGUUCACCCAGUGUUUCCUGGGCUUCCAGCCUUUUCUCAUCAGCGCCUUGAUUAUUGCUCUAUGCUACACGGCCUCGCAAGAUUCGCGCGGCAUGAAGGCCAACUUUUUCUUUUUCACCGUGCCAGCCCAGCUUGUUCCGUAUUGCAUGCUCGGCAUGUCCGUCAUCAUGAACCCUGCUGCUCUGCCCCAACAGAUUUGUGGUAUCUUGGCCGCCCAUCUUCACGACUUCUUAGUACGCACCUGGCCCGAGUUUGGAGGCGGUAGAAAUUGGUUGGCCACUCCAGCAUUCGUGUCUCGACUCGUCACCACGCCGAGAAUUCUCCAACGCGAGUACGGCACCGGAUUUCGCCCACGGACCCAGACGUCGGGCAGUUCUACGGGGGCCUCCGCCGGCUCCGGGCCACUUCCCGACUCCUGGAAGACAAGGGGAACUGGCCAUCGGCUGGGUUAA